AUGCUCUCGGAGGCGGAAAGCCGGGGUGGGAGAAGGUGUACGGCCGAAAGGCUGAACGGAGCUCGGAUGUGUCAUGACUGUAACGCAGCCGUGUCACAUGUUUCAGACGCGGCAUCAGCAUUCGGCUAUCGACGCGUUCUUGGUGGCGAAGAACUAGUCAUACGGCCGGCAUUCCAGCUGAGACAUUCCUGUCUCAUCGAAGGCAGGCCUAGGGCAGUAGCGUUCCUACGGCCUACCCAAGUUCGACCACAUUCUACUUCUCCACGUCACAUCAGUCUCAGCUCUCCUUAUGCUAUCUUCGGCGUAGAGACUCAGCUCGUUCCUUCCAAGAUGGAGCCAUCAACUUCCUUGGACCAGGUCGGGGCGCCUCAAGGCAACUCAAAAGCCCGCGAGCGGCUUCGGAGAAUGCGCGAGCGCGCCGCAGCUCAAGCCGCAGCCGAAGCUGGCGCCGGUACCGAGGCCAAUCCGGGCGAGAGCGCUGUCGCCGGUCCAUCAACCCUACCCUCCCUACCCACAUCAACCACUCUCCCGGCCUCACAGACUCUCGCAUCCUUGACGUUCUCAUCCGACUCGUCUUUCUCCGGUCUCCCAUACCUCCAACCCUCAUCCUCCGCCCUACAGCUCGACCUUCCCGGCCCCAUGACCCCCCUGCCCUCCAGAUAUCCCUACGGUGGGCUCGGCGGAGACUCGCCUAUAUCUGGACUCCCCCAAUACUCUACCCUCGGACUAAGCACCUCCUCGCAGCCCAGCAUCCCCAUCGCGCCGAGCUCGGCCCGCGCCGACUCUCGCGUCGGACCAGGCGGCGGUCCCGUCCCCCUCCCCUCCGAGGUCUCACUGACCCAGUCGGAACGGCGUCGAAUACUAGAGGCGACGGGGCAGGCGAUCGGGAUCGAGGAUGAGAUCGAAUGGGCCGACGACGAAGAGACGCUGGAUAAGAUGCAGGGCGAGCAGGUGGAGGUGAUGGGAUCGCUGCCGGUCAAGCCGAGGAGCAAGUGGAAUCCCCACGGCCAUGCUUUGACGGGUCCGGACAUUCCGGCGUUCCAGAUUCUUCGGGCGGAGGAUAUUGAGGCGCGGGCAAAGGCAGAGGCGGAGGCCGCGGCGGCUGCAGAGAAGAAGAAGGGAAAGAAGAAGGAGGAGGGGCAGAGAGGGUUGAGGGGUCUGUUUGGGAGGAAGGGGAAGGAGGGGCAGGUGGAGCGGAUGACGAGUCCAUCAGGGACAGCGGACAUGGAUCGGGGGAGUUUGAGCCAGGCUGGGAGCAGGCAGGGCUCUCUCCGACUUUCACUACAACCCUCCCAGGCAUCAUCAUCCAAGGCCUCUCUACCAGCGAGCCAGUCUUUCCCGGCCAAAAGCAUCCUCAAGAAUCCAGGCCGGCUCCAGGCGUCCGUCACCGCCCCCUCCCUCACCUCGUUCGCCGAUCCCACUCGACCCUCACCUGCUACGCAUAGUUCACAGCUAUCAGCCCUUCGGACUCCUCAGGACAAUAUCGUCCCUCUCCCACAGUCUCAAUCUGCCGGAAAGACCAAGGGAGGGCGCCCGGACACAAGCGGGACCAUCACCCAGUCCACAUUCCACGACCUCGCGCCGCCCGUCCGCCCAUUCGGGGAAUCGGCGAAUGUGGAUCGCCGUCCCAGCGUCGCUUCGUCAGGCGCUGAAUCCGGCCAGUCGGUAGACUCGACCCAGCUCUUCUACUCGGCUCGUGCACCUACCUCCGAGCCCCGGACUGAGCUCCCAUCGCAGUCCCAAGUCCGCCUCGGCGCGCCCAUCGAGUCUCCACCUCAUCCGCGCGGACCCCGUAUCGGCGUAGCUCCAGCUACGCCCGGAACUCCAGUGCCUCGGCUCACACCCGCCCACAUCCCACACAACUUGCCGCACAACCAGGACUCGCGAUACCCCGUCCUAUUCCCCAGUCGAGCCGGCAUCGCAGCGUCCUUCUCUCUACCCUCCCUACCAAACUUCCUCAACCUCCCACGCGGCUUCAACGCCGACCGACGCCCUUCCGACAGUAUCUUCCAUACCUCCCCACCCCGUAAUCCUAUCCACACACUCCAGCGGAGUGCGAGCACCACCUCCCUCGCCCAGCCCACCCACAACUAUAUCGUCGAUCCCAAGUCCCGCUUUGUGCCCCAUCGUCGGGCGCGAACGGGCGAUUCGGGGGACAGCGAUACGUGGUCCUUCCAUUCUCUUGCGUCCGCCACGCGCGAGAGCUUGGGCGUGGAGCAUGCCGAUCGAUCACCCGUACGGCGCAUGUCCCGGAUCCCACGGGGACCUAUCUAUGGCUCGCGGACCCAGAUCCAGACUGUCGUCACCCCCGUCAUUCCUUCCGCUCCGGCCGCACCCCACCCGCUUCCCCCUCCUCCACCCCGCCGCCAGCCAGCCCCAUCCGCACCGAAACCUCCCGGCCUCCUCGAGAAUAUCGGACAAGGCCUCGAAAAGGCAUUCUCGAAGAAGCCCGUCAAGGUCUUGACGAUAGAUGAGCACUUUCAGUCCACGGAUACGGUCUUCCAGACGGAGUUCAAGAUGAAGGAGAAGGAUAGGGAACGGCGGAUGGAGACGUACUUUCCGCCCGCACAGGAAGAUACAAGGGGGUUGUUCGAUACCAUGUUUCCGCCCCCUCCAGCUACGCUGGGGCGCUUGGAACCUAUCUCGAAUUUGACGGCGACCGUCACUAUCCGGCUGCAUCCUAAACCCGAAGAGAAGAAGAAGGGGAAAGGUAAGGGAAAGGAGCGGCCAGAUACGGCCGUCUCGAUGGCGCCUACGAUCGUGAGCUUGGCGCCAGACGUACCGGACGAUGCAGCUUCGGAAAUCGAGGUCCUACCGGCGGAAGAAUACCCGCCGGUCUGGAAGAAGAUGAUCUUGGUUCUUACGACCUGGACUUUCGACGCGGCGACGGGACCCGUCCCUUCCUCCAUCGGCACCAGUAGCGGCGGCAGCUCGGCGCAAGACCGACCCCGUCGACUCCGAGAACGUACCGUCGGUGAACAACGCACCAUCGCCCACCUACACCUCUUUGACCCCUCGUCCUCCCCCUCCGCUUACGCCCCACAGGAACGCCGACCCAAGACCUCGGAUACAUUUGGAGUCCCCACCCGACCGUUCGGGGGCGCGGCGGUCUACCUGCCUGAAUCUGAGCGCAUCGAGCAGGAUCGGCGGCCCAUGGGGUAUGCGCACGGGGUGGUUUUGGGCGAUAUUGUGGAUUUGGGGAUGAGGGAUGAGGAUCCGGCAGAGUUUGCGGGGGACGGGCUAGAGAGGCGGAGGAGGAGGGGGGUGAUUUGGUUUAGCUAUGGCAGGACCGAGGGGUGGUUUGUCCAGUUCAAGGAUAAGAAAGAGACGGAUCUUUGGUUGCAUACCUGUCGAGGUAUCUGCAUGCGGAUCGAUCGCGAGAACCUAGCGAUCAGUAUGCGAAAGCUCAACCCUCGGAUCGAAGCCAAUGCCCGACGUCUUUCCGAUCUGCAGCGACACCGAGAAGGAUUGGAAGCGGCGCAUCAGCCGGAGCAAUACGUCCUUUCCCGUCUGGCGCAGGGAUACUCUAUCUGGGACCCUCAAACCAAUCCGCCCCUUACGGUCUCGUUCAAGGAGAUGAUGGCUUCCCAGGAAGUCAAGUGGGCGGGGUAUGAGCACCCCGCGUUAAAAGUUAGGAGGGAGCAGGAUAAGUGGGCGACAUUGGGGGAUAUGGUGUAUGGGCGGGUGGAUGAGAGGGAGUGGGACUGGACGAUACCGGUCGACAAGGCGAGGAGGGGCGGUGAGGGCCAGAACCAAAAGGCGGAGAAGAGGAAGGCGGGAAAGAGGAGGAGGAGGGCCAAGUUUAGGGUCAAGGAGGCGAAGAGGAAGGCGAGGGGAGAAGUGAGGGUUAAGGGUAAAGGAAAGGGGAAGAGUGCGGGGACGCCUGUACAGGACAACAAGGGCAAGGGGAAGGCGGAUACGCCCAGUAGUACUGCCAGUGGACGUACAUCGCAGACCGUGCCCCACCCCUCGCCUGGACCGUCCCGACACCGCCCGUCCCCACUUUCGAGCCUCUCCACCCCUACUCGGCCCGUCAUCGCCGCCUUCCCAUCCCCUUCACCUACUCCGUCGCCCCUACGCCCUCUCAUGCUCCCGGCGACAGUGGCCAGCCGACCACGGAUGCCUCUUCGGGAAAGCGACUUUAGCCUUUCCGCUACGCCGUCGGCACGAUCCCUCGUUUCGCUUCAGUCGGCGCGGUCGGGCGGAUCGCUGCAGUCGGCAGCGUCGAUAGGGACGGCAGGGGGGUCGGAUCCGUCCAUCAGGUCAGGUGCUACAUUUGGGCGGCCACCUUCUUCGGCUGCUUCUACGUCAGGCCCUACCCCUCUUCCUACCCCUGCUCCAGCAGCGGCGGCAGCGACGGGGUCAGGAACAGGGACGGCUCCACGAUCCAGGCCGUCCACCGGGAACAGGACAUUACCACCUCCAUCUUUGCCCCCUCCGUCGGAUCCACUGCCCGCUCCUCCCACAAUUGAAGAUUCCGCCUCGUCGACUUCAUCCUCCUCGUCCGGCUCUAUCCGGCGGCCAGGCCAGGGCCAGCGGCCUCAGCGGCCGCGGACGAGGGACGGCGACAAGACACCGAAAGCGCUUACGCUGGGUAUGUUUCCUAGUCCGCCAACGACGGAGCCGUCUCCCUCUCCACCGGUCAAGUCGGUCGCUGGAGGUGGCGGGGCGAGCGGGGUGACAACAAUCUCUCCUCCACCUGUCCCGCCCAAAACGACCGCGCCGUCCUCUUUCCCGCAAGGGUUCGCACAGACCCGUAUGCCCAGUAUCCACACUCAGACUCCAUCGGUAUCGUCAUCGGUAUCGAAUUACUCUAUCCCUAUCCCGACAUACAUCCCCACUGCCCUUCCUCGGUCUACGCCACCGCACUCAGUCUCGGCCGGACCAUCAGCGUCAGCGUCGGCUUCGACCUCCACGCCCGGCCCGGGCACGCAGCGGGGCGUAUCGCCAUAUGGGCAGGUGGAGAGUUCAGGGAGUGUAUAUUCCGAUUCGGGAAGUGUGGCGCUCAGUGCGAGUGCGAGUGUCUUGAGCGUCACGGCUGGGGGAGGGCGAAGGAGGCGGACGACGACGGCGCCUAUUGAUCUUGCUGGCGAAGUCAAAGCUGAGGAUGACGCCAAGAAGGCGGAGAUCAGGGCGGCGGAGGCUGCGAAGGCGGGAGCGGAGGAGCCUGUUCAGGAGGAUAGGCCGAGAGCUAUCCGGUUUGCCUGA